AUGCUGCUAUCAGUGACUCCCAGGCCUGGGAUUUCGACUUUUGGCUGUAACAAGAACAACAAGAAGCCAUAUGUGUCACUGUCUCAGCAAAUGGCACCACCUAGUCCAAGCAGCAGUACCCCUAACAGCAACAGUGGGAGCAGUGGAAAUGACCAGCUGAGCAAAACCAACCUCUAUAUCCGGGGAUUGCAACCAGGCACUACUGACCAAGACCUUGUCAAAUUGUGCCAGUCAUAUGGCAAGAUUGUCUCCACUAAGGCCAUACUGGACAAGAGUACAAACAAAUGCAAAGGCUAUGGCUUUGUGGACUUUGACAGUCCUUCGGCAGCACAGAAAGCUGUCACAGCACUGAAAGCCAGUGGUGUGCAGGCACAGAUGGCAAAGCAACAGGAGCAGGAUCCCACAAAUUUAUACAUAUCAAACCUUCCAUUAUCAAUGGAUGAACAAGAACUGGAGGGGAUGCUGAAGCCCUUUGGCCAGGUUAUCUCUACUCGAAUCCUUCGAGAUACCAGUGGGACCAGCAGAGGGGUUGGCUUUGCAAGGAUGGAGUCCACAGAGAAGUGUGAAGCCAUCAUCACCCACUUUAAUGGAAAAUAUAUUAAGACACCUGCUGGAGUACCAGCCCCUUCUGAUCCCUUGCUUUGCAAAUUUGCUGAUGGUGGUCCAAAGAAACGACAGAACCAAGGAAAAUAUGUGCAAAAUGGACGGGCCUGGCCAAGGAAUGGAGAUGUGGGUGGUAUGGCUUUGACCUAUGAUCCCACCACAGCUCUUCAGAAUGGGUUUUACCCAGCUCCUUAUAACAUCACCCCCAGCAGGAUGCUUGCUCAGUCUGCACUCUCCCCGUAUCUUCCAUCUCCUGUGUCUUCAUAUCAGAGAGUAACUCAGACAUCUCCUGUACAAGUACCUAACCCAUCUUGGAUGCACCACCAGUCAUACCUCAUGCAGCCUUCAGGUUCAGUUCUGACACCAGGGAUGGAUCACCCCAUUUCUCUCCAGCCUGCCUCCAUGAUGGGACCUAUUACCCAGCAGUUGGGCCACCUCUCCCUCAGCAGUACAGGCACGUACAUGCCGACGGCUGCUGCUAUGCAAGGAGCGUACAUCUCCCAGUACACGCCUGUGCCGCCGUCCAGUGUCUCAGCUGAGGAGAGUGGCGGCCAGCAAAAUCAGGUGACGGUGGAUGCUCCCUCAGAUCAUGGGGUCUACUCUUUCCAGUUCAACAAGUAA